AUGUUUGUGGUUCUUACAAGUGCACUUGCAGAAAAAGAAUAUAAACGAGUAAACAAUUGCAAGUCGGCACAAGAAAUGUGGAACAAAUUAGUAGUAACCUAUGAAGGUACUACGGAUAUAAAAGACUCUCAAAUGGAUACUUUGAUCCAAGAAUACGAGAACUUUAAACUCCAAGAUGGAGAAAAUAUCAUCGAUAUGGAAACAAGAUUUACUCGUAUAAUCGAUGAAUUAUCUCAACUCGGGAAGAUUUAUACUCAAAAUGAAAAGAAUCGUCGAGUUCUUAAAUCUCUCCCUCCGAGUUGGAAAGUUAAAGUCACUACUAUUAAAGAGAUGCAUAAUCUCAAUGACUAUCACAUCGAUAAUCUUUUCGGAAACCUUCGUGCUUACGAGGAAGAUAAUGUUCCGGAUAUUGUCGUUCCUAAGGUGGAAGACAAGAAGAAAAAUAUGGCAUUAAAAUCCAUAUUAAUCGAUGAAGAUGAAAAUGACGAAGAUUUAAACGAGGAAAUUCAAAAUCUCGAUGAAAGCGAAAUUGCUUUACUAACGAGACAACUUCGUCGUGUGCUUCAAAGCAAAGCUCAAAGGUACGGAAAAGGCUUUCUUAAAUCAAAUAAUCAACAAAGAGUUUUUAACUCUAAUGGAAGGCCUAAUUACUCUCAAAAUUAUUCUCCUAACUAUAAGAGUAAUUUUCCUACCAACUCGGGCUAUAAAGGCAAAAAUAAUCAAAGUCCGAAUGGCUAUAAUAAUGCCAACACGAGCAACAAUAAUAUUUACACUCCUACAAAACCAAAAGAACAAAAUCCGGAGGAAACACAAGAUGUAUGUUUCGAGUGUAAACAACUGGGUCACUAUAAACGAGAAUGUCCUAAACUCUCUAAGGGUCGAAUUCUCGUGGCCGAAAACGGUUGGGAUUUAAGUGAAGAUGAGGAUUCUCCCGAAGCAAGUGAAGAAGUGGUUAAUCUGUGUUUGAUGGCAAUCGAGGAUGCUUCUACAUCAACGGAUAUCUCCACUACUAACCAAGAGGUAAGUUCUUCUUCACCAACUUUAGUUGAUAUUCCUUUUCUUAAACUCUCUAGUUUAAAUUUAUUAAAUAUGGAAAAAGGUGAGUUGAUCAAGCUAUUAGUGGAAGUAAAUACUCGUUAUGAUUAUCUUGAUCAAUUGUUCCUCACUACUUGGUCCGAGAAAGAAAAGCUUGAAGAUAUAUAUCAAACUCAACAAAAAGAGUUUUCUCGGAUAAAGGAAUCAAAAAUUAAACUUGAAGAAGAAAUGGUAAAUUUUCAAGAUUCCUUUAUAAAAUCCAAGGAUGCAAUUACAAAAUUGGAAAUUGAGAACGUUUCCUUGAUAUUAGAAACGGAAGAAAUAAAAGAUGAGAAGCUUCAAUUAAAUGAAAAUAUUCAAAAGCUUCAUGUUGAUCUAUUAAAUUUGAAAAUCCAAAAUGAGUCGCUAACUCAAGAAAGAUCAACUACGAGUUAUCUAAAAGAUAGUCUCGAAACUGAAAUUGCUCGAAUCCUUGAAGAAAAAGAAAAAGAGUUCAAAAUAGAAACUUGCAAAAUCAAGGAUGAACAUUCCAACAUCUUAGCACAUUGCAAAGAACAAGAAAGAAUUUGA